AUGGAGAGAUGGUGGGCCACAUCUUUGGAUCCAAAAACCGUCAAUUGGACCUUCUAUCACUUGUAUGGCGUCAUUCUCCGUAAAGGAGACACCGGCUUUACAGGGCAUUAUGUGUGUGCGUUUGAGCAGCCGCAAACGGGGCGCUGGUUAUACUUCAACGACUAUAUCUUCAAAGAGGAUAGCGAUGAUUACGAGCCUCCAGAAGAAGGCUACGAGGUAAAAAACGACGGCACGCCAUUCGAAGUCACUGUGCGAUGCACCCGAAGAGGAUUGGAUGACAAGAUUGAGGAUAUGCUAAAGCGUGAUUGGCGGAUUUUUAUGGUGAUGUACCGAAAGCUUUUUCAAGUGCCUGUUCAACUGCUGGCAAAAAUUACAUUUCCAUCAUCUGUAAUUGCACUGCAAGACCAGCAGUCUCUUGAAGAGUCUGGGGAGCCAGAGCCAGAGCCAGAGACAGAGCCAGAAGAGUCUGCGGCUGCAGAUGAUCAAGAAGAGUAUUUUACGCCAGAAGGAGAGAGUGUUGGAGAUCAAGACCUAUUCGGUUUCGCGUCUGACUCGGGACAGACACCAAGCGAGUCACAAGGAGCUGCAAACGAUGAACAAUCCCAGGGGAUUCCAAGUGAGUUGGAGACACGAAAUGCUCAAGCAGAGCAACCAAUGCAAGCGGGACUGCCGGCGGAACAGAAUGUUGAGGUUGAAGYAAAUUCAUUAUUAGAUAUCUCUUCACCUUCAGAGCCCGGUCAAGCAGAGCAGCCGCUGCCGGCGGAACAGAAUGUUGAGAUUGAAGCAAAUUCAUUAUUAGAUAUCUCUUCACCUUCAGAGCCCGGUCAAGCAGAGCAGCCGUUGCCGACAGAUUUAUCGACAGAAAAGGGUGUUGAAGCUGAAGCAAAUCCGGAUUCAUCUACCUCUACAACUGCUGCUAGACAGACAGUAGGCGAAACACAAAGAAUUACAGACAAUGUAUCCGAAAGAGAUACGAGUGAUUCGAAAUUACAAACUGGUCAAGCACAGCAACCACUGCCGACAGAUUUACCAACCGAACAGGCUGUUGAAGUUGAAACAAAUUCAUUAUUAGAUAUUUCUUCACCUUCAGAAAACGGUCAAGCACGGCAGCCGUUACCGAUAGAACUGCCAGUGGAACAGAAUGCUGAGCUUGAAUCAAUUCCAGAAUUAAAUAUCUCUUCACCUUCAGAAACUGGGAAAGCAGAGCAGCUGUUGCCGUCAGAUCUACCGACCGAACAGGCUGUUAAAGUUGAAUCAAUUCCAGAAUUAGAUAUCUCUUCACCUUCAGAAAACGGUCAAGCACAGCAGCCAUUAUCGACAGAACUGCCAGUGGAACAGAAUGCUGAGCUUGAAGCUUUUUCAUUAUUAGAUAUCUCUUCACCUUCAGAGCCCGGUCAAGCAGAGCAGCCGUUGCCGUCAGAUUUAUCGACCGAACAAGCUGUUGAAGCUGAAGCACAUCCGGAAUUAUCUACCACCAAACCUGAUACUACGAACGCAGGAAACAGAGCACAGACUGAAAAGAGUACCCAUAAUCAACACCGGGUCAAAGAUGAAAAUGAGCAGACGACAAGUUUACAGUCAACAUCUGAAAUAGUCAGAACUGAGGUCGAGCCUUCCGUGCAACCCAGGAAAAAACAGGCAAAAGGCAAAGCUAUAAAGAGAGCCCAUGAUAAGGCAUUGGAUGAAGAAGAAAAAUUGACAUCUGUCCCAGCAUCUAAAAGAGCCAAGACUGAGGCUAAAUCUUCCACGCAACCCAAGAGAAAGGCGACGAAAAGCAAAGGCACAAACAAGACCAAAAAUGACGCUUCAGACGACCAUGAGGAUGAGAAGGCGGAAGAACCGGCGUCAUCAACCAAAAGAGCCGAAACUGUCGUUGAGCCCUCUACAGGAUACGGCGGUAGGGAGACAAGAAGCAGAGCCCGCGCAAAAAGGGGUCGUGACGAGAUUCCAGAUGUGGAUAAAGUUGAAACUGAGCAGACUGCAACUUCUAAGCCGGCAUCGAAAAGAGCUAAAACCACCAAGUCAGCCGCGCCUGGCAAGACACAAAUGAAAAGCAAGGCUCGACGCAAGAAGUGA